GGGUUGAGGCAAUAAGCUGGUGUCCCCUAAACUCCAGGAGGGCCAGGAGCUGAAUGGAAUGCUAAUCCAUAAGAUUUUUAGAACCAAAGGCCUAUAUGUGAGACCAUCAAGGACCCUUUUAACUGACUCAGAUGAAGAAAAUGAAUGUUCCCACAUCACUGAUGAUGACUGUUUGGAAGUUGAUGGUCCACAAAUCCACACUGACAGACCUAGCACCAUCAGGGUUGCUACAAGUGCAAUGAGAAGUGAGGAUGACCCCUGUUCUAGCAGUCAGGAUGGAGAUGGCAACCCUGGCACUAGCAGUGGUGAUCAACAUGGCUAUGGCAUCAUAUCACCAGGAGUGUUGUUAAAAGGCGUACAGCAAUGCAAGGAAGUGGCACUAGUGGUCACGAUGGAGGCUCCCUUGCAAGAAGUGAUGGCAACCCUGGCACAAGCGGUCCUGAUGAAGACUACUCUUCAUAUUUAACACUUACAGCUGCUCUUCCUGAUGGCUCUUCAGAUGAUGAGGAAUUAAACCAGGCUAUAAUUGCCAGUAUGGAGAGUCAAAUUGCAGUAAAGGUCCCGGUUCAAGAGAUACUGCUGGAACUCUCUAGCAAAAUUAGCACAAAACAACAGUGCAAAUUUAAUAUAAAUCGCUCUGCUGUCUGGGAGGGAGCCGUGCGAGGAUUCCAAAGGGUGUCCUAUAACCCUAACUUCAUGAUCUGUGUAAAAUUCUCAGAUGACAUGGGGAGAAAUGAGGAAGGGAUUGAUUUAGGAGGGCCAAGGAGGGAAUUCUUGAGGCUGCUGAUGGAGACCAUUGCCAGGUCUCCCAUGUUUGAGGGAAAAGAAAACAGCAAGAACUUGGCUCUUGACAGUGCUGCUCUAAGAGAGGACCGGUACUACAUAGUUGGCAAAGCCAUUGCUGUAAGCUUGGUACAUGGCGGUCCGCCACCAAACUUCCUCUCACCAACAGUAUUUUCUCUUCUGGUUGAUGGUUCAGCAAAACCAGUGCUAGCAGACAUAGCUGACAUGGAACUUUUGGAAAAAGUCAAAAAGGUAGCUGAAAGUACAACCCUUGAGGACCUUGAGAUGACAAAGGCACCUCUACUUGACUACUUGGCCAAUGCAGGAUGUCUGAGGCCUAUGCGAUCUAUACGAGACAAGGAUUUGCUGGUACAUGACAUUGUCAUGUUCCAGGUCAUCCACAGGGUUCAAGGUCCAUUUCAAAGAUUCUGUGAAGGACUGAAAACUCUUGGGGUUCUGGAGAAAAUCCGAAGGCAUCCAGACAGCUUUCGCCCCCUGUUCUGCUAUGAGCCAAGCACACUGACUGCUGACCAGGUGGAUGAUGUUUUCAGCAUUUGGCUAUCUCCAGAAGGGAGCAACAAGAGAGCUGCUGAGGAGAGAGUUGUUACCUUCUGGAGAGACUAUCUCCACGAUGCAGAGGAGGAGGAAGGGCCAUCCAAACUACAAAAAAUAUUGUCCUUUGCAACUGGAGCAUCGGUGGUACCACCGAUUGGCUUUUCUCCAACUCCCUCUGUCCAGUUCAUUCAGAAGGAAGAUGACGACUUCUCCUGUACACCAAUGUUCCCUCUGGCCAACACAUGUAUCAACUGCAUCAAGUUGCCACUACAUGUGUCAUAUCAAGAGUUUAAGGAGAAGUUCGACUUCGCAUUAGGAAACUCAUAUGGGUUUGGCAGGGCAUAAACGUAUGCUCUGUCUAUGAAAAAGGAAAAAAAAUACAACUGUUCUUCCCCUCACAUUGAUAUUGCCUUCUGCAGUUACGUUUUCAAUUGUUAAAGUACAUUGAGUCAUCUCCCCCUCUGUCUCUUAUCCGUCCGUCUAUUAUGUGUCUGUCUGUUUCUCUCUCUGCCUGUCUCAGUCUCCGCUUGUCUCUCAGUCUGUCUUUUUGAAAAAAAAAUGCGUUGAACAAAUGUUUAUGUUCAUUUGUUUUAAUAACAAUGUUAAAACUUUAACAUCACUGUCUUGUAAUUCACUGAGAAAACUGCACAAGUGAAGUAAACAAAACAAUGUUUUAACAAAACCUUACAUAACUCCCAUGUUUUUCAUAGAAGAAAAUGCAGAAGAGAAGAAAACACAUCUAUUCCAUGGUUCCCAUCAUUUUCAAGUGGAUUCACUUGUUGAAUACUGUUCAUUGUGGUCUCAUUAAUGGUAACAUCAAUGUCAGGAAUUCUAACAUUAUUAUUGGUUUGAAGUUCAGGUAAUGGCCCUUCUUCAUCAAUGCCAUAGUAGUUAUCGUCAUAA